CCUAGAUUAAGGCGCGCACCACUCUCUCUGUUUCUGUUUGAGUUUUUGCCGCUCCUCUUUCUCGGGUGCCGCUUAGACGUUCCUGGUUUUUCUCUCAUAUAUGCAUGGAGGAUUCUAAGAAUGGUACUGGGUUUGAAGCUGGGUACGACGCGGUAAUUCCUUCUUCGGAAGACGCAGCCAAGGUACUGCAUGGCAGUGUUUCAUUGAUGGAGACAUUCGAGUUUAAGAACAAAGAGCCGGCCGGGAACAGCAAGAUCGUCGAGGUCCGGACUGGAAUAGAAGAAGAAAUCUUCAAGAACCGAACGGGCGAUCAUGGUAUUCGCAUGCGGGAUUUGAGCGAAAAAGAUCAGUUUUACUCAUCAGAAAAGGGUGCUGCGGGUCAUGAUGAUCAGUACAAGCGGAUCCUUCACUCUCAGCCCGUAGCUCGCCCCAAGACAAAGAAGAUCAAGUGUUUAAAACCAAAGGUAUAUGCUGCUUCUUCACCCAAAUCUCUGAAUUACGGUGCCUUCAAAACUGGUGCGGCAAGUAGUGGCGGGGGCGAACACCAAUGUUUUUGUUGUUUCAAGAAAUUCCCGACCCUAAAGUCGUUGUGCGGGCACAUGAGGUUCCAUCCCCAGAGAAACUGGAAGGGGAUUCGGCCUUCUGAUCCGAGUAGUACUGCUUUCUCAGCGGCCCAUGAAGAUCGAACUGGACUCAUACCCAAGUGGUCCAGAACUAGUAGGAGAGGCCGAAAUAGUCUUGCAUUAAUCGAUCAACCUUUUCAGCCUGAAAACACCUCAACGACUUUUCGUCUUGACCCAACGACUAUCGUGGCAUCUACUCAUAUUCCGACGUCUGUACUUCGGACGCAAGAUCUAUCAGAGGAGCAAAAACAUUUGAUGAGAAUUGAAAAAGUGGAGAACCAGACUCAAUUCCUAUUUUCUGAACGUGUUGCCUCAAGCAAGCAGAUGAUGGAGUUACAACCGGAGAGUAAAAGCUAUUCUCGAUUGAUGAUUGAUGGCAAAGGGUGUUGGAGGCAUGCAAGUACAGCAUCGGAUGAAAGCAAAAGUUCCAGCAGUUCUAGAGUUCCGUCAAAAAAAGCAACCGAAUGCAAGUACGAGUUUGAGCAGUUACCCAUUGAUCUCAAGGAACCGAAUCUCAAUGUUCAUGAGAGAAAUGAGAAGAUGAUCAUGGCAAUGAAUAUGGAGAUGAUGAGGAUGAAUAAUUGGAAGCCACAACUGAGACCUUUUGAACCUCAGAUUCAGAAAAAGAUACGAAAGAAGGCAUAUGAAUAUACAUACAAGACUAGUAGCAAAACAUUCCAAUCUUUUCAAGCUUUAGGAGGUCAUAGAUCCGGCAAUCACAAAGAUCACAACAGUACUAAAGCUGUGGAGACAUCGAUUGAUAUACAAUCAAAAAAGGAUAUUGCCAAUCCCAUGGAACAGGUUAAAGAAACAAAAGAGUUGGGAGAACAUGCAUCUUUGCACAUAUGCAACAUAUGCUACAAAAGUUACCCAACAGGUCAAGCUCUUGGUGGCCAUAAGAAGCGACACUGGGCGGCGGCACGGUCAGCAGAAUUAGCUCGAGCAAGCAGUAAAGCCAAGGCUGAAGACAGUGGGAGUACUACAGCUGCUCUUACAUUUGUACAGUCGCCAUUGCGAGAUGGAGCAACUCAGGCUGCAGGUCGCAAAGUUCUGCACUUCGAUCUCAACGAAUCAUAUGUGGAAGAGGCUUAAAGCCGAGA